GUUUUACAGGAAGGGUAGUGAAGAACCAAUCAGCGCAUGGAGAGGGUGGGGCAAGAGCGAAAAUAUUUAGCUCGGAGAGCGACCUGCCACGGCGGUGAAGAGAAACAGCGAGGCAACGCAAGAGACCGUACAGCAUCCCUACAGUAACUACCCGAUACCGUUCGCUCUCAGCUUUCCCAUGUUGAUUCUCAGCCUCCUGCCCCUCCUCCUGUUGCCGGGCCAUGGUUGCCAUGCCGCUGACAUUCCGGAGGACACCACGGCAGAGUUCUCCGUCAGACUCUACCACCAGCUGCAGGCGCGGGGGGGGGAUGACAACAUCAUCUUCUCCCCCCUGAGUGUGGCUGUGGCCCUGGGCAUGGUGGAGCUGGGGGCCCGCGGGGCCUCCCUCACACAGAUACGCCAGGCUGUUGGCUUCAGCCACCUACCUACAGAUGAGGAGUUCUCUCUGCUCCAGAACCUGACAGGGGCUCUGUCUGAAGACGACGCCCACUACAUCAUCCGAUUGGCCAACUCCCUCUUCCUGCAGAGUGGCGUGACCUUUAACCCAGAGUUCCUGCGGCUGAUGAGGAAGUACUUCCGGGCGGAGGUGGAGACGGUGGACUUCAGCGAAUCAGCCGCUGUGGCAGAGCAGAUCAAUGGCUGGGUGGAGAACCACACUGAGAGUAAGAUCCGUGACCUGUUGUCAGCUGAUGAUUUCAGCAGUGUGACCCAGCUGACCCUGGUCAACGCGGUAUACUUCCGGGGCAGCUGGAAGAACCAGUUCAGACCAGAAAACACCAGAACCUUCUCCUUCAGCAAAGAUGACGGGAGCGAGGCCCAGACACACAUGAUGUACCAGCAGGGAGACUUCUACUAUGGUGAGUUCAGUGAUGGUUCAUCCGAGGCAGGUGGUGUGUACCAGGUGUUGGAGAUGCCCUAUGAAGGAGAGGACAUGAGCAUGCUGGUGGUGUUACCCAGACAGGAAGUCCCCCUGGCAGUCCUGGAGCCAAUCAUCAGAGCCCCUCUCUUGGAGGAGUGGGCCAACAACGUCAAAAGGCAGAAGGUGGAGGUCUACCUGCCCAGGUUUAAGGUUGAGCAGAAGGUAGACCUGAAGGAGGCUCUGCAGGAUCUGGGCAUCAAGAACAUCUUCAGUAAAGACGCUGACCUCUCUGCCAUGACAGACGGUAAGGACCUGUUCAUUGGAAAGGCGGUGCAGAAAGCCUACCUGGAGGUGACCGAGGAGGGGGCGGAGGGAGCUGCAGGAUCAGGAAUGAUAGCCCUCACCAGGACUCUGGUUCUGUACCCUCAGGUCAUGGCUGAUCACCCCUUCUUCUUCAUCAUCAGAAACCGCAGGACAGGUUCUAUCCUGUUCAUGGGCAGGGUUAUGACACCAGAGGUCAUUGAGCCUACCGACUUCGACAAUGACUCCAUGUAACUAUGACGACGACCAAUGGGAUUCCAGUGUGCUGCUAUCCUGCUAUGAGGUCAUAUGCUCAAAGCCAAUCAGAUCCAGGCAAAACGACGCCAUAAACACAACCUUUCCUCUCCCCAUCGUGGCUGUGUUUUUAUACUCUUAUCGAGAAUAUACAUGAUUCCUAUUCUAUAUUCUAUAUUCUAUUUGAUAUAUAUUGAUAUAUACAAAUAAUGUGACUGUGUUUUGAUACUGUAGCUUUAACCA